UGCCACCGCCAGCUUCAAGCACCAGCUCGUGCUGUCGUGCAAUCGCCAACGCAUUUCUUGUUUUUCCUCUGAAUUCAAGAAUGACCCAUGUGAAUGAAACCCUAAUUUCUUCAUAAUUAAACCAUUCUGUUCAGUUCAAUUAGCAGAACCAGACCCAUCAAGUCUAUUGCAUUUAUGGAGCAUCACUCAUUCCACAACCCCUUCGAACGACGGACAUUCAUCAGCUCUAACACUCCAGCUGUUAAGUGGUUCAAAGAAUGGGUGCCACAGGAUGUUGUGGCAACAGGUGGCAGGUGCUCUGUUAUGAGGUGGAUCACAGAGGCUCAAUUAAAUGCCAUGAAAGAGAAGUCAAAAGAGGUGGAGGCUAUAGAACCUGAACCCGAACCAACAACCGAAGUUCUUUUUCUUUGCAGCUAUGAAGGGUGUGGAAAAACAUUUAUUGAUGCUGGGGCUCUAAGGAAGCAUGCUCACAUUCAUGGAGAGAGACAAUAUGUGUGCCAUUAUGAGAAUUGUGGAAAGAAAUUUUUGGACAGCUCGAAGCUAAAGAGACAUUUCCUUAUUCAUACGGGAGAGAGAGAUUUUGUUUGUCCUCAUGAAGGUUGUGGUAAGGCAUUCUCGUUGGAUUUCAACCUAAGGUCACACAUGAAAACUCAUUCUCAAGAGAAUUAUCAUAUCUGUCCAUACCCUGAAUGUGGAAAGAGAUAUGCUCAUGAAUACAAGCUAAAGAAUCACAUAAUGUCUCACCAUGAAAAGCAGAACAACAAUAACAUGAUGGUAGAAGCACCCCUCAAGUAUGUACACAUUCAACCGAUAGAAAAACCACCUCCGAAGGCGCCAAAAGCUUCAACGGCCACCUACGCUUCGGCUUCAUCCGACCGCCCGUACGCUUGUCCAUACGAAGGAUGUGAAAAGGCCUACAUUCACGAAUACAAGCUAAAUCUUCAUUUAAGAAGAGAACACCCGGGCCAUUUCCCGGAAGAAAACCCCAAAAAUGCUCACGGAAACAAUGAAAUGGAUGUGGGCAGCGAUCAUGACGGGAACACCAUGAAACGAGAAAUUACCAAAUCCCAGAAACAAAACCGACCCAAACCUAACGUAAAGCUUCCGCCAGCUAAAGUUGUACAACGGAAGGUUUCUACUGCUGUCGGGAAUGUAAUAAAGAAGCAGCUAUGGCCAGUGGUUAAAGAUGUUUACGAGGAAGAAGAUAGUGAAGAAACCGAAGAAGAUCGUGAUAAUGUCGAGGAUCGAUGGGGUUAUGGUGAUAAUAACAAUGACGAAGAUGAUGACGAAGAGACAGAAUAUGAGGAUUAGGGUUCUUAAAGCUCUGCAGGUAAUCACCAACUUUCAAGAUUUCUUGUUUACUAUCUGCUUACGGCCUCUUGCUUCGUAAGUUAGAAAAACGGGGUUUAGGGAAAGCAUAUCGAUGUAAAGACUUGGGUCUAGAAUCUGGAUCGUAAAGAAUCACUGUUCAUAAGCGAACUUAUUUUGUUGUGUUUUUGUUUGGGAGUCGUUUACCAAACGCUUAUUGGGUAAGUGCUUGCUUUUCGGGUGAGUAUGACAAGAACCAAGAAUCUUACCCGGUAAAAAACAUAACAAGGACCGUGAGUCCUGGAUGGAUA